UCAAAAAAAAAAAAAUGUGUUUCUUUUACUCAUAAAAGUGUCUUUUCCAAUUACUAGAGAUACUAACUCCGCCCGACUUGACUGCAAAGUGUAAUAAAACACAUUCUUUCAUGGAGUGGAAAAUGAGAAGUCAUUUCAAUUCUGAGUUUCGCUAUGAGCUUCAGAUACAAAAGAGCAAGCAGCCUGUCAUCACAGAACAGGUCAAAGGCAUAACCUCCUUCCAGCUGCUCAAUCCUGGAACGUACACGGUGAGAAUAAGAGCCCAGGAAACCUAUGAUCAAUUCUGGAGCGCCUGGAGCGGCCCCCAGCGCUUUGAGUGCGGUCAGGAGGAGGGCCCGCACACCCGAGCCUGGCGGACAUCACUGUUCAUCGUGCUGGGGACGCUGCUGGCCUUGCUCUGUGCUGUCCUGCUCUGCAAAAGGUACCUCGUGAUGGAGAGGCUGUUUCCCCGCAUCCCUCACAUGAAAGACCCCAUGGGUGACGGCUUCCGAAAUGACAACCUGGUGGUCUGGGAGGCGGGCAGGGCCGGCCUGGAGGAGUGCCGGGUGACGGAGAUACAGGUCGUGGAGAAAACCUGACACCCAGCUCAGGGCCCGUCAGGGCUGCCCGCUUCUCCCUGGCCGGGCCGGGCGCCUGCACACACUGGGUGCCAGACGCAUGUUCCUGACGGUGGUGGGCACGGGAGCGGCCCCUGCUGUUCAGUCCCAAGCUGCCGGGAAGAGGGAAGAACAGAACUGUGUGUUUAUUUGAUAAUAAACUGCUUUUUUACCC